UAUAGAGUAUAGUAUAUAUAUUUCCAUUCCCUUCCUUCAAAAAUCUGAAACCAAAGGAAAGGAAAUUAAGAGAAAGCAAAUAAAACAAACGAGAAAAGCUAAAGGAAAAGCGAGCAGAAUUUGCAAGAGUUAAAAACUCAAGAAAUUAACAUGGCUGAAAACGGUGCAGCACAGGAAAAUCAGGUCGCCAAACACCAAGAGGUUGGCCACAAGAGCCUUUUACAAAGUGAUGCUCUUUACCAGUACAUACUUGAGACCAGCGUAUACCCAAGAGAGCCAGAACCCAUGAAAGAGCUCAGAGAAUUGACUGCUAAGCAUCCAUGUUCUUGAUUUAAUGGUUGAAGAUAAAAAUAAUCAUGGCACGUAUGAUUUCAUUUUCGUGGAUGCUGACAAGGACAAUUACAUCAACUACCACAAGAGGAUAAUAGAAUUAGUGAAAGUUGGUGGUGUGAUUGGCUACGACAACACCCUAUGGAAUGGUUCUGUGGCAGCUCCACCUGAUGCCCCUAUGAGGAAAUACGUAAGGUACUAUAGGGAUUUCGUAUUGGAACUUAACAAAGCAUUGGCAGCUGAUCCAAGAAUUGAGAUUUGCAUGCUUCCCGUUGGAGAUGGAAUUACCCUGUGCCGCCGCAUCAGCUGAUUUUUUUUUAUCCAACUACCUUUGUUUUUCUUUUGAUUUGUGAAUAAAUAUUUUGUAUCUCAUGACUAUUAUCGCUAUUAAUAUUUCUAUAUAUUUGUAUUUCAAAUAUUGUACUUCUGAAAUUGUAACAAAUACUUAAGAUUUGUCUCAUUCGGCUUGAGUAAAGUUUAUUUACAAGAUGAUAUUUUA